GGCACGAGGACCCGCAAUUCGCGUGAUCUUCCGCGUUUCGAUGGUCACAUUGACCCACGAAGCUUCGCUGCUAUAACGAACUUCGAUGAGAUCGAUGCGAUGCAGAAGGAACAGAACGUCCCGAGCGCACCUCAGGCGCAAUCGCGCAAGCAGCAUCGACCGCAGCAAAAGAAGCUAGCAAAGCUACCACCGAACGCCAAAAUCCACAAACGCCCUCUCCACCACCCUGCGAUCCCCUCACCUUAUACAAGCUCCACUCAGCAGAAGAUCGUCUACGUCUCCGCCCGUACACCGUUCAUCUCAGCCGUCAAGCGUGUGGACAAACUGCUUCGGCUGGCGGAUAAGAGACUCGUUCAGGCUGCGACUACUCUCGCGAAGGAAGAGCAGAGGAGGAAGCGGAAGAGGGAUGGGGAUGAGGAUGAGGUUAUGGGGAUUGCGAAGGCGGUUGAGCGGUUGAAGCGUGAUGGUAAUCAGAAUAGCAAGAGGAGAAGGCUUGGAGGAGACGUGAAUGAGGACGAUGGGGAGGAUGGUGGUGCGGAGGAAGUAUGGAUUAAGGGAACCGGUAAGGCUGUCAGGAGAGUGAUGGAGAUGGGAUUGUGGUUUCAGCAGAGAGAGGAGUAUGCGGUGCGGUUGCGCACGGGGAGUGUGGGCGCGAUUGACGAUGUGGAGGUUGAGGGGGCGGAGGCGGAAGCGGAGGCGGAGUCGGAGGCUGGCAACGUGGAGACGGAGAAGAGGGAUGUUGUGGAGCAGGCGAAGGAUCCGGUGCUGGUGCCGGUGCCGGUGCCGGAAACGAGGAUACGGUAUGUCAGUGUGCUGGAGGUGGCGGUGAGUCUGCGAUGAGUGAAGCCAAAUCAAAAGUGUUCAAAGUUCGUUGGGCUAAUGGAGCCAAUCAAAAUGGGCAUUGCAAUGCGCUGCGGUUACGCUCAAGGGUACGGUGUUUAGAAAGACCCAGCCUUUCGCCACCACACAGCCCAUUCCGCUGUAACGCCCACCUUCCGCAAA